AAUGACCUUAAAACUUUCCAUCAAUGUGAUGUAUGCAAUGAGGUUUUUCAACAAAACAGUGAUUUUGAAAAACACAACAAAAUACACAUCAAAGAAGAAAAGUCUGAUGAUACAGAAAACCACAGUAAAAUAGAUUUUAAAGAAAACACUGAUGAUGAAGAUAAUCAAAUUUUUUAUGAAAAGAAAACAUCUGGUGAAGUUAAAACUUACCAAUGUAGAUGUAAUUUGUGCCAUGAAAGGUUUAGAUCUUGCACUGAGUUAGAAGAACAUUGGAAAGUCCAUGCCAAGGAUUGGGAAUCUGCUGGUACGUCAAGUGAUGAUCCUGAACAGGUUACGUCUGAUAGAGUUGAUUUAAACGACGCAAUUCCUUCUGGUCCGCGUGGACACCAAUCAAGUGUAGAUAUUCAAGCUAAAUCCAAAAGGGCUCCAGAAAGAGCCCAGAAAGGGCUCCAGAGAAGGAGAAACCCUUUAUAUGUGGAGUUUGUGGGAAAUGUUUUGGGGGUAAAGGUCAUCUACACGAACACAUUCGAAUACAUACAGGUGAAAAACCCUUUAAAUGUAAUGUUUGUAAUAAAUCAUUUAGUCGACACAAUAAAUUGUGGGGAAAAAUUUGAAAACAUGAUCAAAUUCCAAAAACACUGUCAAAAACAUUUUAAAGAACAAUCUGAAGCAGGUUCUUCACAUCAAUGUACUGUAUGUAACUCGAGAUUCGCGGUAUACAAGGAUUUUCAGGUACAUAUUUGUGGUACAAGAACAUCCAAGAGAAAACGCCCUGCUACAUGUGGACUUUGCAGUAAAACAUUUGAAGCUAAAAAUCAUUUAAUGUCACAUAUGAGAACGCAUACGGCAGAGAAACCGUUUAAAUGCAGUUCUUGUGGCAAGUGUUUUAGUCAGACCCCUAAUUUAUUACGCCACCUGAAGAUUCACACAGGUGAAAAACCCUAUAAAUGUGAUGUUUGUAGUAAAUCAUUCGCUGAUCAUAGUAAUCUACAGAAACACGCGAUCACUCAUACCACAGACAGACCUUUCAAAUGUGAAGUCUGCGAUAAAACAUUCAAUCGACUCGACGUUCUACGGCAACACGCCAGAAUACACACAAAGAAAAAACCCUUUAAAUGUGAUGUUUGUGGGGAAUCGUUUCGAUACAAGUCCAAUCUGCAAGUCCACAAUAGAAUUCACACAGGAGAAGAUAUUUUUGUCUGUGGUGUUUGUGAUAAGCCGUUCGGUUCUAGUGGAGAUCUUCAGAAACAUAUUAUAACUCAUACUGUCCGAGGAAAACCAUUUACCUGUGAGGCUUGUGACAAAUCGUUUAUGUCUGUAAAUAGUCUCCAAAAACACAACCGAAUUCGUCAUAAUAGGAUAACACUUAGUUGUAAAAUAUAAAUUUGAUUGAGGAAA